AUGUCUUGCACAACAGCUUCGUGUAGAUAUCAAUUCUGUUGGGUUUGUAUGGGAGAUUGGAAACUUCACAUGGCAGCCUCCCCCUUUAGAUGCAAUCGUUUUGAAGGAGGUGGAGAUAUUGCUAAAAAGUUGGGGGCAACUAUAGAUAAAAAACAAAAGGACAAACAAAUGAGUGAAUUGAAUGCCCAACGUUUCAUUUUCUACGCUGGACGAUAUGCAAACCAUGAACAGAGUUUGAAAUUUGAACAUAAGUUUCGUCAACAACUAGAAGAAAAGAUGAAACAAUACCAAACACGCUCUAAAGGCUCUUAUCUUGAUGCUGCCUUCAUUAAAGACGCUGUUGAAGCUUUGGGAAUUGCUAGAAGGGUUCUUCAAUUUAGCUAUGCUUUGGCCUAUUUUCUCAAAGCAGAUAGUCUGUCUACUGUCAUUUUUGUUGACAAUCAGGAAUUUAUUGAAAGGCCAACAGAAGAAUUGUCAAGCCUUUUGGAGCAAAGUGAUAUUAACGCGAUGGAUGAGACUGAACUGAAAAGGAUGAAGACUAAUGCAGUUGCGGUUACCAACAACUUGAAGAAAAGUUGCAAAAAUUUAUUGAAACAUGCCUAUGAUGGGGCAAAAAAUAAAGAAUGGAAGUACUGUGAGGACUUGAUGGGCGAUCUGAAAAGUGGAACUAUGGAACAAAAUUAAAAAGAUAUUAGAAGAUUUGUAUAAAUAAAUAUUUCCUCUCAUGUAUAUACU